AGAGGGCGGGGCGGGCGAAGCGGGCAUAACAAAGGGCGGUCGCGCGCCGGGUGACGGGGCUUUGUACCUGGCGCGUCCAGCCCGCCCGAGCCACCGGGCCCGCCGAGCUGCCAAUGAAGUGUGAAAACUGCACCAAGAAGUGGUUCGCAGCGUCGUGGGGUGUUUGCAUGUUUGCUGCUGUUGUAUUUACUCAAAUGAAUGUAGUAAGAAACAGAAAAAUGAUGACAAGCAAAAUGCAUCUGUUGAUACCCUAAGUUCAAAUGACGAAGAGAAAAAUGAGUUCCAUAAGUUGGCUAAUGCUAAAAUAUUCCUUAGUGACUGCCUAGCUUGUGACAAUUGUAUGACAUCUGAAGAAGGAGUUAGGGUUUUCCAACAGAAUCAGAAAGAGCUUUUCCGCAUACUCAACCUUAACAAGAAAUGUGAUGUCUCAAAACACAAAGUUUUGGCAGUGUCUAUAUGCCCUCAAUCAUUGCCUUAUUUUGCUGCUAAAUUCAAUAUCUCUGUAAAUGAUGCAGCCAAGAGACUUUGUGGCUUUCUCAAAAGUCUCGGGGUACAUUAUGUAUUUGACACCACUAUAGCUGCUGACUUCAGCAUCCUGGAGAGCCAGAAAGAAUUUGUGCAGCGCUAUCGCCAACGGAACCAGGAGGAGCAUGCCUUACCGAUGUUUGCCUCUGCUUGCCCUGGUUGGAUCCGGUAUGCUGAAAGGGUACUUACCAAUCCAGUGACUCCACACAUUUGCACUGCAAAGUCUCCACAGCAAAUCAUGGGCUCCCUGGUGAAGGGUUACUUUGCCAGGCAACAGAAUCUGUCUCCAGAUAAAAUGUUCCAUAUAAUUGUGGCACCUUGCUAUGACAAAAAACUGGAAGCCUUGCGGGAAGAUUUUUACACUGCCUUGUAUAAUUCUCAGGACGUCGAUUGUGUGCUAACAUCAGGUGAAAUUGUCCAAAUAAUGGAGCAGAAAAAUAUAUCUAUGACAGAUGUGACUGAAGUAGCUGUAGACAGUCUGUUUGGUGACAUAAAAGAAGUGGAUAUAGUAAGACAUGAUGGGAAGAGAUCUGAUGGUUACCUAGAGCACAUCUUUAAAUAUGCUGCAAAGGAGCUCUUUGAUAUGGAUGUUGAUGAAAUCGCCUACAAAGCACUAAAAAACAAGGACUUCCAGGAAGUUGCCCUGGAAAAAGAUGGUGAGACAGUGUUGCGUUUUGCAGCAGCUUAUGGCUUCAGAAACAUUCAAAACAUGGUCCUGAAAUUAAAAAAGGGGAAGUUCUUGUAUCAUUUUGUGGAAGUUCUUGCAUGUCCUGGAGGGUGCUUAAACGGAAAAGGCCAGGCCCAAACAGAAGAUGGAAAACUAGACAAAGCAUUGCUUAACCAGAUGGAGGAAAUGUAUGCUGCUGUCCCUGUAAGGCUUCCAGAAACCAACAUGUAUGUGCAGAAGCUGUACCAGGACUGGCUUGAAGGGAUGGAUUCCAAGAAGGUCCAAGAAACUCUGCACACCAAAUACCAUGCCAUGAAUCAAACUGUGAACAGCUUGGAUAUCAAAUGGUGACAAAUGAGACUCACAAAAGCUUAAAGACUUGCAUAGGUUAGCUAUAAAUUCAGCACUGAAAUCAUUCUAUGCAAUUGCAGAUGCUAUGCAGUAGCCAGGUGUAUAAACGAUACAUUUUCCUAAUUGCAGACCAUACUCUCAAAGAAACAUUGCUUUUUAGGUAGGGGGCUGGUUUGUUUGCCCCCUUCUCCUUCCCCCCCCAUAAAUGCCUUGGUGUAUUCUGGCACCUGCUAGACUUUGCGCUUGAUCUCCUGUGUAUAUGGGGCUUUCUAAUUUGCCUAGGUCCUGAUCUUGCAAGGUACUGUGAGCACUUUUUGCCAGGUACAAAGUGCUUUCAACUCCCAGUUAAAUUAUUUCAGGUCAGGGGUUCUCACCACUUUGCAGAGCUGGACCCCUAAUAUGGGGGUCUCACCUAACCCUUGUGUGUUAUUACUUUCAUCAGAGGAAAGUAGCCACCACAAGAUUGUUGAAGUUAAGGGUACAAUGUUAGGACUCCUUUUUUUCCUAAAACGCCACUUUAUGUGGUGACAAGUGAGGAAUGUAAUGAAUAAAUUAAAUCUAUUUAUUCCAGGAGCAUUACAUUUUAAGUUCCUAUACCAAAACCAAAUGCUGGCAGUCGGCUUCCUAUUGACACAUUAACCCUGGGAUUGGGGUUUGCAGGCGGUCCUAAAUCCUGUUAACUUCUCUCUCUAGUUUUUCAUAAACUAGAACCCUGGUUGAAAGUGAAUUGCUUGCAAUACAUUUUUUUUUAUUUUGUCUGACUUCAUUAUGAAAGUGAGACACUGAUAGCAACAUUUUGUCUGUCUUCAUAUGGUAUUAUGUGCCCACUAAAAUCCACACUGCCCCUAUGCUACGAGAUUUACAACACCUCUGCUGUUUUAUUUUCAGCUAUUCCUGAGAACACACCAGAUUGUGUUGUCAUUUUGUAAUACUGACAGUCAUUUCUCUUCCUUUGAGUGCCUCUAAUUUUUAAAAAAAUCUUAAUUUGUGGAAACUAGUGGGCUAAUAGAACACAGUACAAACUGAAAUGCCUAAUCUGGGUGAAUUUUAGUUUUGCUAUAUGUUGUAUGGAUGUCUUGUUUAAUUAACAUCUAAAAAGUGGUACUUGGUAUAACCUUCCUUGCACUCUCAUAAUUCAUGGGGGUUAUGUUUAAGAAUGUGAUGCAAAAUUCCAGCUAUCAAAGUCGUCUUUCAGUUUUAUAGAAACGUGUAUGCUUUUGUGUGUUUUGGGGUUUCUUUUAUUUUUUUCUAUUGGCCUUCUUUAACAAAAGGAGUUUUUAACUUGCACAUUCCAUUUCAGAAAAUGUGGAUGGGCUUUGUCAUGAUCUGAGGAAGUGUUUUAAAUGCACCUAACUUGUAAUCGGUUACUGUGCUUGUGUGUAGCAGCUGAUGUUACAAGACCCCUAAAUUCAAGAUCAGGAUCGAGCCCUCCACUAGGAGUCAUUCACUGCUUCCUUUUUUAAUAACCACCAGCUUAAUGGUACAUAAAGAAAGCUUUUGCCAUUUAUUAUUAUGUAUAGCAACAGGGUUGCAGUGAGAAACAAGAAGUGGUACUGAAAACAUAUGUAACCUGUUAGAAGAAGCCAGUGGUAUAAAAUGGACCUGUUGACUCAAGUGUGGCUUCCACCUAGGCUUCCUCUCCUUCAGUAAUAAUUAAUUUCAAUAUAAAGGGAUGUGUUCUCCUUCCAGUGCAUGUAGAUUUGACUGGUAUGGCUACCUGCAUGCACAAAAUGAUUAUACCUUUUAAGUAAGCUUUUUAUGGGAUUCAUUUUCAUUAAAUAAUGUAAAAUGUUACACUUUAAAGUGGUGCAAUAACUGAACACAGCUAUAAAAACAAAUAAAUAAAAAUCUACCUCCAUACUUGAGAAGGAGUCCAGAGGAGCAGAGAGCUUGGGGGUGGGGAGAAAUAUCUUUUUUUUUAAUGUACCUAUACUAAAAAUGAUCUGUGUAUUUUCAUGAAGCUUGUGAACACAGCUACUUACAGCUUAUUUUCUGGAAACAACAUAAGAUCCCUUCAGUUUCAUUUUCUUGAUCCAGUAUGAUUUCCUCAGUGCUUCAAUUGAAUUAACUUGUAAUUAAAUGUUGUUCUAUGGUUGUAUAUACAUUUUUCUCUCUCUGUAUAUAUGGUUUAUAGCUGGAGGAUAUGUUUAAAUUAUAUAUAUAUUAUUGCUUCAGUCCUGUGUAUAUUAUGUUUCAUUUACAAAGGAAAAAAGUGCAUGUACAUGACAACAUGAAAAAUAGCUUUGUUUAGAUUUCUAAUUAAAUCUUAGUUCUUUACCAUGCUGUGAAAGAGCUGCUUUCCUCUUCCAAAGUGUGUUCUCAAGUUUAAGUCUAGAAAGAAAAAAGAAAGUUCUUUGUUUUGUUAUGCAGCUGUCUGAUAGUGCAAGUGAAGCCCUUCUGCCACUGUACUUCAGUGCAAAUGCCAAUGGCAUUUAAAAUCUAUUUCCCUGUAGAAGUGUUGCCACAGGAAAAGUUUCAAAUGGAACAUUAAAUCUGGCUCAAAAAAAUGCAAGUUGCUCUUUUUCCUAUUUAUAUGGGAAAGCAACAGCUAAACAUGUUUACAAAUAAAAUAUUUUUCUACUUUAAAUGUAGAAUGCUCCAUGCCAUUAAAGUAAUAGUAAUCUAUUAAUAAAAGCUGUGUAGUAAUUGAAUGCAACAACAUCCCUUGAAAGAAAAGUGCUGGGGAGGGGGGCAGCACGGGUUAAAUGUUCAAUUAACGGAACAGCCUUAAUGGCUACCCAGAAUGACUAAUGACAUGACAAUUAAGGUGUCUGGUUUGGUAGUUGUUGGGAGGCCUCUUGUUUAAACAAGUUUUACACUUUUUUUUUUUUUUUUUUUUUUUUCUUAUAACUUAAAGAAGAAGCAUCUCUCAAAUAUUGUCUCCCAUUUAACUGUCUGCUUGUAGAAAAAAUGUUUUUAAUGGCAGAACUAGAAGCUUCUUUUCUGGAGUGGUGUUUUGUGUUUUGUUUUUUUGUUUUUGUUUUUUGUUUUUGUUUUUUUUUUUCAUUUUGGGUAGAAUUCAUCAUGGUAAAAGCUUCUUGUAACUUUAGAUAGGUAUGUGGAAACGCUUACAAUUCUGGCCUUUAAAACUAUAUGAAGAAAGUUACUUGUUGAGAGUGGGUGCAACAAGAUAGCUUCUGAAGCUGCACUGAAUUCAUCCUAGUUCCAUCUAUGCCCUUGAGCUGUUUUUCAGCAGCAGUUCAUUUACACUUUUUGUUGAUAAAGGCUAUCUACAUUAGGUGAAGUUCCUAAUAGCCAUAGCCAUUGUGUUUCAUUCCCGGUUGAAUGUUUUGCUAGGCAAGCUAUUUUUCUCUUAUCCAGAAAUACACUUAUCCAGUUGUUAAGCAAAGCAAACAUCUGUAGGUGGGAAGGAGGGGGAAGUUGGCCAAAUAAAAUUACUAAAUUGAAUUAGGAGGUUGUCUUACAUGCUGUAAAUAUUCUGAAGUGUAAUGUGCCAGUGGUGAGAGGUAUUGUAUUAUAGUAUUUUUCUGAAGACUCUAACAGAAAGUAUAAAUAUUGUAAAGACAUUGUGCCAAGACCUCUGAAAUAGGAGUUUGCCUCUCUGUAAGCCAGUAAUCCAUAGCAUUUGUUUGUCAUGCAUUGUGAAGAUGAACUUGGGCUGUAUACCUAAUAAAAACAGAUGUCUGUACACACUUGGCAGCUACUGCCGGAUGAUAUUUAGAUGACAGCAAGUUAUUUAAACUUUGGUGCUUUGUAUUUCAAAUAGUACAUUGCCCUAAUAAAUACU